AUGCCCCGCGGAGCGAAACAGGCGAAAGGUCUUUUGUUGAGCUGUAUAGAAGAACCGGAUCCCUGCAUCAUGUUCGAGCCGAAAAUAUUGUACCGUACAGCGAUCGACGACGUGCCGACAGCUCAUUACAAGAUAGAGAUUGGCAAGGCUGAGAUUGUGAGAGAAGGUCUGUCUUUGUAUUUGCACGUAGGUGAUGCGGUGACACUCGUGGGCUGGGGUACUCAGGUGCACGUGCUGUUGGAGGUGGCCGAUCUCGUGGAGGAGGAGCUCGGGGUAUCCUGCGAAGUGAUAGACCUCGUUUCUAUUUUGCCUUGGGACACGGAACUCGUAUGCAAGGGAAGAAGAAGCUUGUUGAAUAUUACUGUCGACAGAGUGCGGGUCUGUUUUCAAUCUGGAAACGAGGAAUCACAAUUCAAAGACCGAAUCUUUCGAAACUUAUCGAAGAGAUGAAGUUAACGUUACUUCCCUGCUGUUGGAGCGUUGCGAAAUAAUUGCGAAACGUAGAUAUACGCGCUCGCGUUCAUUUUUAUUUGCGAAAUCGGUACCGCCGCGGAUAAUCCGCCGCGAUCGUCGCUGUUUUAUCGCCUCUCUCCUUGGAUUACCGGCUCAUUAAGCCUCUCCUCCCCAGCCUCUCUCUCCGCCAAUCGAAAAUUCAACGCCAGUUCACCGCGUCCUUGCAUAAUUCCACUAAUAAUAUUAUUGUAAAGAAAUCUUCGUGAGCCGCUGACUCUCGCAAAUAUAUAUUGUUACCGAUCAAUCCGCUUGCAUCACGAGAAUACGCCCGAUGAUCAAACAAAUAGUUAAAUUCCAACAAACUGUGUAAAUUAAACGAUUGUACUGCAUUCCUGACUUGUAAACUCGUAAUAUUGUAGAAAAAUGAUCUCUGCCUCUUUCCUGGGAAUUUAUGAACUCGUAAGCUCGUUAAUAUCGUUGUAAUAUCGUUAGUUGAUACAGGCUACGUAUUGCGAAAGAGAUAUAAUUUCACAGUUAGGAAGUUUAAGUAGAUUUCAACGUGUUCCACGAGUUGAGAAUUAAGCGACUGUCCCUGGUUGACGUAAAAUCCUAAAAUUACAGAUAUUCGUUCGUAAUUAUAUAUACGAUCUACACUGUAAACUUAUUAAUAACGUCAAUUUAUUAAUGUAAUUAGUCGGUAUAAUCGUUGUAUAAAAGAGAAAUUUCAGGUGAAAAAUCAAUAUCUUCUCUCUUUAUCAUCGUUGUUAGUUACGAUAUACAUACAGGUAAUUUAACGUUGAAAUCUACCGAAAUAAUCAUGUUGUAUUUAUUUGAUCAAAGUUUAUCAAAAUGUUUAUCAAAAGCGGUGAAAUCAUCUCAUUCGAACGAAGUUUACCGAAACGUCUACUUAUUUAUUCAACAUGCAAAAACGUGGAAAUCACGGCGCCGCUUGAACGUCAUGAAUUUCACCAAAUUAUUUACUACGACUUCAAAUACCUUCAAGUAAAAGCAACAUUCAUUCCGAAACUGUUAAAUUUCAUCUGCGGUAUCAGCCGCGGCUGAAAAUAAACAUUCACCGCGCGUUUACUUACUUACUUUUAACAUGGAAAUGUUAAACGUCGCGUUGUCACGUCGAUUCGACCACCACGAACCAAGGGAACAUUCACUCGUCCGAAUUACGAUACGCGCGCGCUAAUAUCGCGCUGAUUUAUGCUAAUCGAUCUUUAGUUUAAUGAUAUGCCGAUUGUGCGAUACGCAUCGGCCGCUUGUGUGCCACGGCACUCUAUACACAGUAACUCAUACGUGAACCAAGCGUGGUAUUAUGCUUGCUUGCUAGGUGGCCAGCGUAAUUGGAAACCCGUUUCGCGGAUUCCCCGUGCCAGUGAUAUUUGUCGCGAGGUUCCCUUCAAUGCGAUAAAAUUGAGAAGCGAAACGAGAGGCUACUGUAAUUUGAAUUUUUCGAAGCAGAAGCUUUCAAACCGACGGAUUUCAAGCGCGUUCAUUCAGCCAGAAUUUUGAAAUGACAAAUUUUAAAUAUUUCACUUCCAAAUGUUUCAUCUUGCAACUUUUUUUUUUAGCCUUUCAAUU